AUGUUUGGAGGACAACAAACUAACAAGAACAUAAAUCGAAAACAACAAAAAGUCUCAAAUCUUGAUAUAGAUGAUAUUGAACACUUAUUACACGACUCUUUAAAUGAUAAUGGCGAUGAUAUUGACGAAAAUGACUUUAACGAUCCUGAACUUUUGGCACAACUACAGUUAUUGGCUUCUUCAUCACAAAGCGAAAGCAAACAACCUACCAAACCCAAAUCACUUGCCAAGACAUCUCGUCCUACAAAGACUGCGGACAUGGAUAUUGACUGGGACUCGUAUGCUUCUCUAGCUCAAGGGAAUGAUGAUGUUCAUGUGGAAUUGAAUGAAAAUGAUCUAACUGAUCCUCACUUGUUGGUAAAAAACAAUAGCAUUAAAAGACUGUUUGGUAUUUAUACCAACGAUAAUGAAACAUCACUGAAUGAUCAUGAUACCAACAUGGACAACAACAAGAUGGAUCUCAAGGAACAAGCAAAAAUGUACCAACAACAAGCUCUGAUUGCGAAGAAACAAGGAGACAAAAAGCAAGCUGUCGCUCUAUUACGUGAAUCAAAACGACUUCUACAAUUAGAUUCACGAUCUGAACAACCUAGCAAAAUACCUGAACCUUCUCAUAUAGCUGUAACAUCAUCAUCGGUAACUUCAAUGGAAAUAGCAAGUUCAAUCUCGGUUACAGAAAAUGAAGAAGGAGCAAUUACCAAUGAUCAAGUAAAAUCAGCAUCUGCAACAUCUUUAUCAUUACCGGAUCCAGCAGCUCGGGAAGCACAACAGGAAUUAUUACAGCGGGUGAUCCAACUACAAAAAGAAUACAAAGAUGCAGCCCAUCAUUAUAAGGAUCUUGGCAAUUUAAUGGCAGCAAAGGAAAUGAUCAAGAUUUCUAAAUCUUUAUUGAAAACUGGUAUUCAACUCAAACAGCAACCAUUACAACAGCACGAAGUGGAUAGCACUAGAAAGCGACUUCCGGAUCAUCCUGAUUUGUCUUUGGGGGAUGGUAAACUUCGACCAGUGCAACCUUUGACAGAAUUCAACCAACCUACAACGGAACAAAUGGAAGCUCAACUGAUGUAUCAAAUCGACAUUUGUCACAACUUGGAUAUUCAGCAUCAACCGCCAUCAAACAAGAAUACAAACACUUCUUCCUUUAAUCAGCAACAGCAUUCCGCUCUUCUUCCUUUGAAACAAGCCUUUGCAGCUGACUUGGUGACCAUACGCGCAUUGAAGGAGCAAGUAGGAGCGAAUCAUCCAAUGCCAUCUUUACAUUACGAACAAGUUGAUUAUGCUUACAAGAAUAUAUUGGAUCAUUUGCCUUUAAACCAAAUGGAACUGAAGAUUAUUCAAGGCACAGGGAUUCAGUCUUUGGAUAUUGGUACAACUAUAGAACCUUUUGUUACCUGGGAUUUUGGCGGUUGGCCUCCUGAAAAUACAGCUCAAGCUCAUUUGAACAAAGGUGAAACAACUGUGAUGAAAGGAACAGAACCAGUAUUUGAUUUUACCACCUUGAUACCCAUCACUCGCACCAAUCGUAUAUUUAUGCGACAUUUACAAAGAAAGAAAUUGACACUGGAAGUUUUUCAUAACAAGUACAACUAUGGAUUCUUACGACGACCGAUCCUCAUUGGCAAAGUGAUUAUACCAUUGGAUGUUUUGUUAACCAAGACAUUUACUGCCGGUUGGUUUGAUUUGAUUGAUACCAAUAGAAAGAAAACUGGUGGCAAACUGAAAAUUCAACUUGGAUUACGUGAACCUUUGACUGGUCAAGAUAUUGUCAAGCGAAGUGAACGAUGGUUAGUCAUGGAUGGUCUUAGUCCACAAACUUCACAGUUGAUGUAUACGGCAGGAUUGACUCAAGGACCCUAUAAACCCACAUCAACAUCUACCACUGUUCAUCCAUCAUCUUCUUCCUCGUCCUUAUCAUCAUUACCAGCAACGACAGCAGCAACAACAACAACCGUAACAACAACAGAGGAUAUUUCUAAAAUACCAUCAACGGAUGUAGCCACUUUGUCGACAUCUUCAGCUAUUACCAACACUGAUACUCCAGGUGUGGGUGACUCAGAACUUGAAGCUGCUGAAGAAGAAAUCAACAAUGUUGAUGUAUUGGUAUCCAACAUGGUAUUGGAACAUGAAUUGACAGUGGCAAAUCAAGCAUUGAAUACGGGGAAGAGUGAUUCAAGAAGAACAAAGGAAGAUUGGUUGGAUAGAAAACAAGCGUUAGAUAUCAAGAUGAAUAUGCUUGUGAUACAGGUACAGACAGGCAUGCUGGAUAUGCAGACAUAUCUUGACAAUGUGGAGAAACGGAUGAAUCGUGAUCGACAGUUGGCACUUAUAUUCAAGAAAAAUCAUCGAUUGGAUUUAGCGAAAUUAGCUUUAGGGCGAAAGAAGAUCAUGCAAGAUGAAUUGGAUGAAGCAAAGGCAGCCAUGGCAGCGCAACAACAAGAAGAAAUCGAAGCUUAG